AAGAAGAAGAAAAAAACAAUCAGGGCGUGGAGAAUGACAAUGUGAUUUCUAUAGAGGUUGGAAAUAGGAGAAGUUCCUUCCUUUGCACGGGAUAGGCAGAACGGGUCAGGCUGCUUUCACUGCAGAGAUUUCAUCAGGCUGAUAGGUGCAGGUGUCCAUAUGAGGAAUCAACGACUUUGGGCUGGUUUCAUUGUUCUUCUGAAUCUGCAGCUUGGUUCUGCCUACAAACUUGUCUGUUAUGUCACCAACUGGGAUCAGUACAGGGCAGAACCAGCCAAGUUCACCCCUGAUAACAUAGAUCCAUUCCUGUGUACCCAUUUGAUUUUUGCUUUUGCGGGCAUGGACAACAAUCAAAUUACCACUAUAGAAUGGAAUGAUGAAAUACUCUACAGGAAACUCAAUGCCUUAAAGGACAGAAAUAACAGCUUACUCACGCUGCUGGCUGUUGGAGGGGGAACCUUUAAGAACCAGAAAUUUACUACCAUGGUAUCGUCAUCAGCAAAUCGCCAGACAUUCAUCUUAUCAGUGACAACGUUUCUCCGUGAGUUUGGUUUUGAUGGUCUGGAUCUGGACUGGGAAUAUCCUGGUUCCAAAGGUAGCCCCCCAGAGGACAAACACCUCUUUACCAUUCUGACUCAGGAACUAUCAGCAGCCUUUAGAGAAGAGAGUGAAAAAACUGGAUACCCACGGCUCCUGCUUUCAGCAGCUGUAUCUUCAAGCAAAAAUACCAUAGAUGCUGGAUAUGAAGUUGCUGCACUGGGGAAGAAUCUCGAUUUUAUCAAUGUGAUGACUUAUGAUUUCCAUGGAAGUUGGGCUCCAGUAACAGGACACAACAGCCCCCUGCAUAAGGGUUUAAAAAUCUAUGACCCAGUUCCCUACUACAAUUGUGAAUAUGCAAUGAAAUACUGGAAUGACAGUGGAGCACUAGCUGAAAAACUCAUGAUGGGAUUUCCAACAUAUGGGCGUUCUUUUAGACUUUCUAGUUCAAAUACUAAUGUUGGUGCUCCAGCCUCUGGUGGAGGUACUCCUGGAGUCUACACCAACAGUUCUGGUAUCUUGGCAUAUUAUGAGGUUUGUACAUUUUUACAAGGAGCUAGCAAAGCAUGGAUUGAUGAACAGAAGGUUCCAUAUGCUUUCAAAAAUGGAGAAUGGGUUGCAUAUGAUGAUGAAAGAAGUUUUCAGUUUAAAACUGAGUUUUUGAAGAGGAAAGAGUAUGGAGGAGCCAUGGUUUGGACUCUCGGCAUGGACGAUUUCUCUGGCACCUUCUGUGAUCAAGGAAUCAACCCCCUUGUGAAUAAACUAAAGGGUUUUCUAAUGAACUGAUAUAAUUUAUUAAUACUUUUAUGCCAAUCUUUCCAUCUGCUUUUCAGCCAGGUAAACUCUCAUUGUGACUUUGAGAUCAUUGAGAUGAGACAAUCCCUGCCCUCAGGUUUAAAAUCUAAAAAGACAUAACACAAAAGAAAAGACUGGGGAGGUACCAAUUCUUAAUGAAAAGGUCAUAUAAUAUCCAGCUGUAAUGUAGAUCGAAAUAAAUGUUUAAACAUUUUUCAUCUACAUUACAGCUGGUUGCUAUAUGACUCAUAUCUCAUUAACAAGAAUAUUAAAAAUAACCAAAAUUAAAAUAUCACCAAUAAUAACAAAUGAUAAUUAAGAUAGAUGGCAGUAAGAGGUGAAUUCCUAGGCCAUCAUUACAAAUCAUUAGAAUGUUCAUUAAAGUUAGAAGUAGAUGAAUGUUUAACCUUCCACUGUCCAUUUAUUGCCAAUGUAUAUUCUGUAGUCUCAGGAGGAUUUAUAUGGUAAAACAUGACUACAGUUAAUGUCUUUCUAGCAGAAAAAGAAGUUGGCUAACAAGAAAAUACAAUAUCGACUCAAAUACAAACCUUGAUGCAGAGCAUACUACAAAUACAGAUUCCAUUUAAACCAGAAUUAUUCCUGUUGGGGAUAAUGGAUUUCCAAAUAGGAAAACAUCUUGUUAGAAUUAUUCAAUACAUGUUUAUCGCAGCAAGACUUCUUUAUGCACAAUUUUAGAAAACCCAGACACUACCAACAAUACAAG